AUGAAGUUCCUCCUCCUUGGCCUGUGUCUGUCCGCGUCGGCGGCGCCGAUUCCCUCGCCUGGGUCGCUCAUCGCCGUCAACGCCAACAACAAUGACUUGAAAUUCCCCAUCAACGUCCUCGGCGUGCAGGGCACCGACGUGGACGCCCUCAACAACAACCUCAACGGCAACUCGGCGAGUCUCGUCUCAAGCGGCGGCAAGGCCAACGGCAAAGCCGGGGGCGGCUCUCGCGGAUCCGGCGGCAAGGGCGGCGGCGGCAAGGACGGCGGCGGCAAGGGCGGCACCACCAUCACCAACAACAUCAACACCAACCGCGGCGGCGGGCUCAUCGGCCUCAACACAAACGGCAACAAGCUCGACUUCCCCAUCAACGUGCUCGGCGGCCAGGCCAACGGCGUGACGGCGCUGAACGGCAACCUGGACGGCAACGAGGCCAACGGCCUCAAGUCGCAGACCGGCGGCGACGGAGAGAAGCAGACCGAGGCCUCGACGGGCGCCGGGCCGUCUCCCACCACCAUCACCAACAACAUCAACACGCUGGGCGACGAGGGCGAGGGCGGCGGCGGCGGCACCACCACCAUCAACACGAGCCUUGGUCCUGGAAGGAGUGGGAACAGGCUCAACACCGGCGCCGGCAAAGGCAAGACGGGUGCCGGCAUCAACAACAACAACAAUAUCAACAGCAACAUCAACAGCAACAGCAACAGCAACAGCAACAGCAACAGCAACAGCAACGGCAACGGCAACCGCAACGGCAACCGCAACGGCAUCGGCAAUACCGGCGCCGGCGUCAACAACAACAACAACAUCAACAGCAACAGCAACAACAACAACAAUAUCAACACCAACAGCAACAGCAACAGCAAAAGUAUAGGAAACGGCAUUGGCAACAACAUCAGCAACAACAUCGUCAAAGGCCUUGGCAACAGCAACGGCAACGGCAACAUCAACGUCAACGGUAUCAGCAACAGCAAAGGCGGCGGCAUCAGCUUCGGCAACGGCAUCGGCAACGGCAACGGCAACGGCAACAGCAAUACCAAUACCAACACCAAUACCGACGCCGGCAUCAACAACAACAACAACAUCAACAGCAUCGGCAACGGCAUCGGCACCAGCACCAGCAACAGCAACAGCAACAGCGAUACAAAUCCCAACACCAAUACCGGUGCCAGCUUCAUCGGCAACGGCAGCGGCAUCGACAACAUCAACACCAACACAACCACCAACAUCUUCAACACCACAACCACCAAGGCCACGCCCAUCAACACCCUCAACACAGCCGCCGCCAUCGCCGACUCCAACACCAGUGCCGGCAUCAACCCCAACUUGGGCGAAACCAGCGCCAACGCAGCCGCCGGCAUCUCGACCAACAAGACAGCCACGGAAGCCACGCCCAGCUUCACCUUCAACACGGAUGCCGCCAACGCCGGCUCCAACGCCGGCGCCAGCAGCAACGCCGACAUCGGUGAGACGAGUCCCAACGCGGCCGCCAGCGUCUUGACCAACACGACGGCCACGGAAGCCACGCCCAGCCUCACCUCCAGCACGGAUGCCGCCAACGCCGGCGACGGCGGCAACACCGGCUGCGACUGCGCGGCCGGCACCAGCGACGCCAGUCCCGUCGCAGCCACGGGCCCCGUCACAAACACCACGACGAUGACCACCGAGGCGGCCAAGCCAGGCAAGCCCCUCGACGCAGCCGCCCCCGGCACGGGCUCCGACCCGGGCAGCACCCCAGACGUUUUUAACACGGACGCCAACCGCCACAGCUCGAACGUCGCGCCCGCCGGGCAGCCCGGCCCCGUCGACACCUCGAGCAUGGUCGCCGCGAUGAAUGGUCUCACGGCGGCGCUGAACUCGCUCGCCGGCGCCAUGGGCCAGGCAUGUGGCAAAAGCUAA